UUCCAACUUCCAUUAUCUUACCCCAAAUCCACCCAACCCACCUCACUCAAACUCAAACUCACACUCAGACCCAUCUCUCUCUCUUUUAUUGGUUAGUACUUUUCACUCUUCCAUUGAUAUUGCUUUAUUAAGUAAUGGGUUCUCUUAGAUUUUCAGUUUCUUUGGAUGGAUUUGAUUCCAAAAAGUUGAAUUCCUCUCUAACCUCAAGCAAUUUUCAUGUUGGUAGAUCUUAUACACUCAGUUCUCUGAAUAGGGUCAUUAACAUUAAGUCUAAAGAAUAUUUGCACAGUGAUUUAGUUAAGGAGAGCAUUGUUGAGCAAAAAUCCAAUUACAGUGGUGCUAAUAAGAAAGAGAGUAAAAGGGAGAUGGGUUCAAAAGUUGGUUUGAGAAGGAAUAGGUGGGAAAGGGAACUAGAGAAUUUGUUUGUUAAUGAUGGUGAAAUAGAUGUUAAUUACUCUGUUAUUAAGUCUGAUAUGAGCUUAGAGCAGUGUAAUGCUGUUUUGAGAAGGCUAGAGGGGUGUAAUGACACCAAAACUUUGAGAUUCUUUGAGUGGAUGAGAAUUAAUGGGAAGUUAGAUGGUAAUGUAAGUGCUUAUAAUUUGGUUUUUAGGGUUUUGGGUAGAAGAGAAGAUUGGGAUACAGCUGAAAAAAUGAUUUUGGAAUUGAAAAAUGAUUUGGGUUGUGAUGAUUAUCAAAUUUUCAAUACACUUAUUUAUGGUUGUUGUAAACUUGGGCGUGUUGGGUUAGGAGGUAAGUGGUUGAGAAUGAUGCUUGAACAUGGGGUUCAGCCAAAUGUUGCUACAUUUGGUAUGCUCAUGAAGCUAUACCAGAAAAGUUGGAGUGUUGAGGAGGCAGAGUUUACAUUUUCCCUAAUGAGAAAUUUGGGAAUUGUAUGUCCGUCUGCAUACUCAUCAUUAAUCACAAUUUAUACUCGUUUGAACUUGUAUGAAAAAGCUGAAGAGGUUAUUGGUUUUAUGAGAGAAGAUAAAUUGAUGCCUAAUUUGGAUAAUUGGUUGGUAAUGCUUAAUGCUUAUAGUCAACAAGGAAAGUUAGAGGAUGCUGAACUGGUUUUGGUCUCAAUGCAAAAGGCUGGCUUUCCCCCUAACAUUGUUGCUUACAACACAUUGAUAACUGGGUAUGGUAGAGCAUCGAAAAUGGAUGCUGCUCAACGGCUAUUCGUGUACAUAAAGAAAAUUGGAUUAGAGCCUGAUGAAACAACUUACCGUUCAAUGAUCGAGGGUUGGGGUCGGGUAGACAACUAUAAGGAGGCUAUAUGGUACUAUCAGAAGCUUAAAGAGUUUGGAUUCAAGCCUAACUCAUCUAACCUUUACACACUAAUAAACUUGCAAGCGAAAUAUGGGAAAGAAGAAGAUGCUGUAAGAACUCUUGAUGAUAUGAUGAAGAUUGGAUGCCAGUAUUCCUCAAUCAUUGGUAUUCUUCUGCAGGCAUAUGAGAGAGCUGGGAGAAUAGAUAAAGUGCCUUUACUUUUGAAAGGUCCUUUUUAUCAACAUGUUCUUGUUAAUCAGACUUCUUGCUCCAUUCUUGUCAUGGCUUAUGUGAAACAAAAUUUGGUGGAGGAAGCUAUCAAUGUGUUGAGGGACAAAGUUUGGAAGGACCCAAGUUUUGAAGAUAACUUGUAUCAUUUGUUAAUAUGCUCUUGUAAGGAGUUGGGUCAUUUUGAUAAUGCUGUUAAAAUAUACAGUCAUAUGCCUAAAAAUGAGGACAAGCCAAAUAUGCAUAUCACAUGCACAAUGAUUGAUAUUUAUAGUGUCAUGGGCUUAUUUUCUGAAGCUAAGAAGCUUUAUUUGAAGUUGAAAUCUUCAGAAAUUGAAUUGGACACUAUUGGCUUUACUAUAGUCCUAAGGAUGUAUGUAAAAGCUGGUUCUUUGACUGAUGCUUGUUCUGUUCUAGAUGAAAUUGACAAACAGAAGGAUUUUAAUCCUGAUAUCCAUCUAACCCGUGAUAUGCUCCGCCUUUAUCAGCGUUGUGAGAAGCAGGAUAAAUUAGCAAGUUUGUACUAUAAAAUCUUGAAGAGUGAAGUGCCUUGGGAUCAGGAAAUGUAUAAUUGUGUCAUAAAUUGCUGUGCUCGCGCCUUGCCAGUUGAUGAGAUUUCCCGGCUCUUUGAAGAGAUGCUUCAACGCGGGUUCAUUCCUAAUACCAUUACCUUGAAUGUUGUGCUUCAUCUUUAUGGAAAAUCAAAGCUUUUCAGGAAGGCAAGGAAGUUGUUCUGGAUGGCCCAAAAGUGGGGCUUAGUAGAUGUGAUUUCCUACAAUACUUUGAUAGCAGCUUAUGGGAAAAGUAAAGAUUUUACUAAAAUGGAGUCAACAGUUAAAUCGAUGCAAUUUCGAGGAUUUUCAGUUUCCCUUGAGGCAUAUAAUUGUAUGUUGGAUGCUUAUGGAAAAGAAAAACAAAUGGAGAAUUUCCAAAAUGUACUACAGAAAAUGAAGGAAUCAAACUGUAAUUCAGAUCAUUACACAUACAACAUCAUGAUCAAUAUAUAUGGAGAGCAAAGAUGGAUAGAUGAAGUUGCUGAAGUGUUAACAGCAUUGAAUGAAUGUGGGCUUAAACCUGAUCUUUAUAGUUAUAACACUUUAAUUAAGGCGUAUGGGAUUGCUCAAAUGGUGGAAGAGGCAGUUGGUUUGAUCAAGGAAAUGAGAGAAAAUGGCAUAGAACCUGAUAAAGUAACAUAUCUUAAUCUGAUUACUGCACUGCGACGGAAUGAUAAGUUUCUCGAGGCUGUUAAGUGGUCCUUGUGGAUGAAGCAGAUGGGAUUGCACGGCAAACAAAACUGAGGUUGAAUGGUUUUCCAAAUUCCUUCAAAGAGACAUUGAAUUCUCACUUUGUUAGAAUGGACCGCAAGUAUUAUCGAUAGCUUAAUGAUCUGCAAAGUGGUUCCAGAUGUUUAGGAGAUUGGCAGCAGUGGAAAACAGUGUCAAAGUAUGGAAGAGCAUUAAAAGGAGCUUUGAUGACUGUAGAAAUCUGCUGAUUGCUAGUCAUUCAGAACUGCAAAAGUCUCCCGAAUUCAGCUGUAAGACAGUCACCCUUUACUGUCAGUGAAGAUGGUGUUUGGAACUUGUUUUUCUAUUUGUAUCAAUCUCUAUAUACACUUAGAAAUGUUGAGGAAGACUGCCUUGUAUGAAUUGUGAAAUGCUGUAAGUAUAGGCCUCCAUGGCAGUGGCAGACAGUUUGUCUUGGAAUUUUGUAGUGUACUAAGUCACUAUUCUUGUAAAGCAAAAUAAUGGUGUGAUCAUAAGUAUACUAUUCUACUAUUAUAUAAUAUGUUUCACUUGCAAAUAAAUCCAUGUAUGUGUUUCAUUUAAA